AUUGACGAAAAGAAAAGAAAAGAAAAGCCAGAAAAGGGAGAUGUGAGAGAGAAGCCCAUAUACGUACCCCCGCCUGACUUGUUCAUCUCUCCUCCCCCGAUCUCCCCUUUCCCCUCAAUUCCUUCUCAAUCCCUUUCAAUUCCCCCCAAUUCCAAUUCCUUCAAACCCCAAUUUCAAUCUCCGAUUCAAUUCAACUCCCGACCGCGUCUCCGUCGCCGGGAACCGGUGGAAAGUAAUUCAAGUUGAUUUUGGAGUGGUUCAGAAGUUGCUGAGCCAGGGAGUGAGAAACUAAUGUUAAGCCCCGGGAGCAAUGUAAGACGGGGUAAUGCAGCACAGUCGUCAGCGAUGCCUCCUCUGCCCCAGUGUUUGCCGUUGGAGCCGAUUAUGUUAGGUAAUCAGAAAUGCACACGGUCGGGAGAGCUUAGAAGAGUUCUCGGAUUUCCUCUUGGGAGUACAUCGGAGGACCAUUCUUUCGGGGUUUCCAAUCCUAAGCCUCCACCUUCGGUGGCGACAGAGGAGUUAAAGAACUUCAAAGAGAGCGUGCAAGAUGCCUCUAGGAAGUCCAGGGACAGAGCAAAAAUGCUGCGGGAAUCCAUAUUCAAAUUGGAUAAGUAUAGAGAUGCUUUGAGCUCAAAGAAGCGACAACGAAGUGAUCUUUCAUCGGGUGAGAGGCCAAAUGGAGUAAGUGGCUUAGUGAAACUGGGAAGUCAAAUUCCUAAAAAUCCUCAUGGAAUUAUGACUCAAAGACUAGAAGACAGAGCCAAGGGUGUUGGGGUUAGUAAACGUGUCCGUACGUCAGUGGCUGAUGUGCAGGCAGAAGCUAGGUCAGCUGCCACCUCUAGGCAGAAAGUAGUCACAGACAAGGACGAAAACAUGCUUCAGGCUGUUGGUGGGGCAUCUGUUCGGAUUGAAGAAAAGAGCCAUGGACUGCCUUCUGGAGGUGAAGGGUUGGAUCAGAAAACAAAAAAGAAACGUUCUGUGGGAGCAGUGAGCAAUAGGGUUAUGGGUGGUGAACAGGAUGUCACGAGAGCUGCUCAUCCAAAGCUGAGUGGUGAUUCUAAGUUGCGAUGUUGUGAUUCUAAUAUUUUCAGAUUAAAAUCCUCUCCUGGAGUUAGUGGAAACAACAAGUCGGAUGGGUCUAUAGAGUGUAAUAAUUUUAGUCUCUCUACUGUACUCAAGAAUGAGCCAGAAAGUGACCGUUCAGCUGUAUUAGAGCCGAAGGUUGUGUUGAAAGCAAACCAUAAGAUAAAGGUUCAAGAGGAUAACUCCGCAGGCAGUACUCUGAUAAAAGGAAAGGUCUCUAGGGCACCACGCUCAGGUUCCAGCAUGAGUGUAGACUCGACUACUGUUCCCCCUUUAUCUGGAGUUCUUCAGGCAUGGGAGCAGCAUACUUGUCAAAACAAAAUCCAAGCAGCAAGUGGGAUAAAUAGUCCGAAGCACGCAAUGCCUAACGGUUCUUCUUUAGCUAUGGCCCAGUGGGUUGGUCAGAGAACACAUAAAACCUCCCGCGCAAGGAGGACAAAUCUCGUCUCUCCUGUAUCAAACAAUGGUGAGGCUCAGAUUUGCAAUCAAGGCGUUGCAACUUCUGAUUUUCAUGCUAGAACUUCUUCUGUUGGGACCAAUGGAGCACAACUAGCCAGCAGUUUAGAUAAUCAUAUCCCUAAAUGUAAAAAGGAACUUCAAAACGCUUCAUCUCCGUAUGGGUUGACCGGAAAUGAAGAUCUGGGAGCUGGUGAAAGCAAGUGGAAAGAUAAGGGGACGAACAGCAGUGACAUUGCCAUAGCCACAGAUCAAAAGGGUGGGGCAUAUUUAUCGCCCAUGAAGAGAAAUAAAUUACCAAAUAAUGAAUCAGGAGAUGGUGUGCGAAGACAAGGGAGAACUGGAAGGGGCCCAACUACGUUGUUGACAAGGCCUGGCAUUCCUCCAAUGAGGGUGAAAUCAGAGAACAUACCAACCAAAAAGCAUCUUGAAGACAUGAAGCGUGUGACUGAUAACAAUAAAAGUAAAAUAGGUCGUCCACCUCCGAAAAAGCAGAAAGAUCGCAAAGCCCUAACUCGUGUUCAGUCAAUAAGUUCAUCAGAUUUCACAGGUGAAUCUGAUGAUGAUCAUGAAGAACUGUAUUUGGCUGCCAGUUCUGCUCGCGAUGCUAGUAGCCUUGCAUGCUCUGGUCCAUUUUGGAAAAAAAUGGAAUCCAUUUUCGGUCCUCUCAGCCCAGAGGACAUAUCCUACUUGAAGCGGCAGCUAAGUCUUGCUGGGGAGCUUGAUGAUAGUUUGUCUUGGAUUCUUGGAGAUGAAAAUAAUGUUUCGGGUGCUCUUAGGCAUAGAGAAUUGCCUAAUUGUUCAGGGGAAAGACAAGGGCACAAUUUUAAUCAAGAUUCACUGAAGACUGGAUCUUUAUGUGAUAAAUUUGGCUUGAGAAGGUUGGAAAAGGUUACCCCGCUAUACCAAAGAGUUCUCUCUGCUCUGAUUCAAGAAGACGAAAGUGAAGAACUGUAUAACCACAGAGAAGGUAAAAGUAUGCACCUACAGUGUGCAAGUGAUGAUUCUCAUUGUGGCUCAUGUAACCAGAGCGACGUUGGACCCAAAGAUUGGGAAAGAAUAGAAUCAGAAGUUGAGUCGAAAGUAGACAUUCAGAGUCAGAAAAGUGGCUUGUUGGACAGACUUUCUUUUGAUAGAAGUGGUGGAACUAAUACAUUUAGGAAUAGAAGUCGGGAGCAGUGGCACGGAGAUGAUGAAUUUUCUCAUUCUGAUGCGGGGCAUACCUAUGACAUAUGUCCUGGUCAACUGCAACCUAGGGAUGCAAGUACUCCAACCUAUCCAACUUCUGAUUGCCAAUAUCAGUCGAUGUGCCUGGAGGAUAGGCUUCUUCUGGAGUUGCAGAGUAUUGGGUUAUAUCCAGAGACACCACCGGAUCUAACAAGUGGAGAAGAAGUUAUCAAUCAAGAUAUAAUAGAACUAGAGCAAGGGCUGCAUCAACAGAUCGGGCGGAAGAAGAAAAGCUUAGCGAAAAUUGAUAAAACUAUUCAGAAAGAAACAUCUGCAGAAAAACGGAAAAUUGAACUAGUUGCAAUGGACCAGCUUAUUGUAAUGGCCUACAGAAAACGAAUGGCAUGCCGUGGGUAUAAUGGUUCAAAAAGUGCUGUCCGUAAGGUUUCGAAACACGUUGCUAUGUCUUUUCUCAAGCGCACACUUGCUAGAUGUCGGAAACUUGAACAGAGGGGCAUUAGUUGCUUUAGUGAUCCCGUGCUACAGAAUGUCAUCUUUUCUUCACCUACAUGCAACAAUGUUGAAAAAUCUGUUGACUGUGUUGGCUCCGGAACUGCUAGUAAUACAUGCAAUGAAGUUCAUCAAGUCGAAGUCAGAGGAUCAGGUGCAGUUUCCAGUGGGUUUGGUAGAUAUGAUUCCCACAGUGAUAAUCUUUACAAGGGCUCAUCAGAGGCUCUUCAUGUUAUUGUCGACUCGUCUGCAGAAGAUUCUUCCAAGCAGGGAUCCAUGUUGAACUUGAAUAAAGACAAGGGCAAGAAGAGGGAAGUGCUGCUUAGUGAUAUUCUUGGUAGUGCUUCCUCAAGGAUAGCUUCAACCGUUGACAGCAUGAAUGAAGUAAAGGAAAAGAGAAGCGAGAGAGAUAAGGACCAAAUUAGAGAUCAUUUGAGAACCAGUGUUCAGGGUGGAGCUGGUGGUUCAUCUCUUGACAGCUCCCGAGGUGAACGCAAAAUAACAGGGAAGCCCCAGCAAAACAACAAUACUCAUGUAUCAAGUCACCCAGUGCCCAAUUCGAGUAAUAGAAAAGGUAGAGUAGGGCCACCAUUACCUGGUAAUACUCCCGCGCAUCCAUCUAAAGAGCCAGAGGUACCCAUUGAUUAUACGAAUUUGCCACUAGAUGAGUUUAAUUCGAUGGAUGAGCUAGGUCCCUCUCUUGAAAUUAAUGAAAAUCAAGAUCUCGGUUCAUGGCUGAACUUUGAUGACGAUGGCCUACAAGACCAUGACUGCAUUGGUCUUGAAAUACCGAUGGAUGAUCUCACAGGCUUGAGUAUGCUUAUCUGAGAUGGUACUAUGGCUACUGUCUGUCACCAUUGCCUGUGGUUGUAAAGGAUAUAACUUUCAUAUCAGGAUUGGUGCACACCGAUGAUCUAAUUGUGAUUAGUCUCUGCUUGUCAAGAUUUCUGGUCAUAUGCAGAAGCUUCUGCUGUAGAUAUGGAGUCAAUAUAUAGGGUAAUUGUUAGAACUGAAACUGCUACCAAGGCAGUAAUUGUUACUUUAGCAGAGAUGGUCCAAGCUUGAAAUCUGGAGAAUACCAAGGUUUUAAACAUCUCCGAAAUUGCUGAAAACUCUUGUAAUUUUUACUGUACCAAUAUUUAGCAGACUCCCAGAAUUUGAGUGUUAAGUUAGUUUGUUUACAAAAUUACAAGGUAACAUAGUUGAAAUUCUUUUAUAUAGGGAAUGUAUUCAAGUCAAAUUUCAACCAACAGUUCUCUACAUAAUUUAUACCCAGUUCAGUCC